AUGUCACCGCCUCUUCACGCAGCAACCCACGGCAUCCACGCCGACGACCGCAUCAACAUCUUGACCGAUGUCGCCCCUCCAAUUCACACCUCCACCACCUUCCGCUAUCCUCACAACCCGGAAGAGCUUGUCGCCGUCCCAACGGAAGAUGAAUAUAUUGACCUUCAAACCCCCUUGAUCUACUCUCGUCUAGCUUCCGCAAACAUCAAUCGACUGGAAACUAUUCUCGCGCCUCUCAUCUUCCCCGAAGCCAAGGAGGAAGAGUUGGAAAUCUUAGCCAACCAGGUCGUCAGCUACAGUAGCGGCCUCAGCGCUUUUCACGGACUGCUGGUCGGUGUGGUACCCAAAGUCAUCGCAAUCAGUGGCGGCUAUCAUGGCUGCCAUGGCGUGAUUGAACUUCACAAGCGCAUGCAUAACGUCAAGACUGUCGAUCUUCAUGCCGAUGACAAGGCUUGGGAUGCGGCUGGUCUAGGGAAAGGUGACCUUGUACACCUUGAAACGCCACUCAAUCCAACGGGGGAAGCAUUCUCUAUCAAAAAGUACGCAGAUCGUGCACACGCCCGAGGCGCACUUCUCAGCGUUGACGCCACAUUCGCGCCUCCAGGAUUGAUGGACGCGUUCAAAUGGGGAGCCGACAUCGUCAUGCACUCUGGCACAAAAUACAUUGGUGGACACAGCGACAUGCUCUGUGGCAUACUCGCCACACGUGUCGGCGACGAGGGCCUCACACUUGCCAAAACAUUCCGUGCCGACCGCAUCUUCCUCGGCAGCGUGCUAGGCAGUCUGGAAGGCUGGCUCGGCGUCCGCAGUCUGCGUACUCUAGAGCUUCGAGUGCAACGACAAAGCAGCAACGCUGAAAACUUGGUCUCAUGGCUGCACGACUCCCUCUGCGGCAACGGCGCAGACGCCGAGCUGGUGAAGAAAGUAGUGAGCAAGGUCACCCACGCCAGUCUGCAAAAAGACGACAUGCACUGGCUCAAACCGCAGAUGCCAAACGGAUUCGGUCCCGUCUUCAGCAUGUACACGCACGAGGAGAUGCAGGCCCGCACUCUACCCUCGAAGCUGCGCUUAUUCCACCACGCGACCAGUCUCGGUGGUGUGGAGAGCUUGAUCGAGUGGAGGCGCAUGAGCGAUAUCGAGGUCGAUACGCGGCUGCUGCGCGUGAGUGUCGGUGUAGAGAAUUGGGAAGACCUGAAGAAUGAUCUUCUGAGUGCGUUCAGGGUGCUUGCUCAGGGGAGCGAGUCAGUGGGCGGAGAUGGUAAGGGCAAGGUGCAGGUUGGACAGGAUGGGGCGAGGAUGGUGGAGGCGGGGAGCGGUGCUGUGUAG